UCGACGCAUGUGGUGCUAGGACGUCUCUGCCUGCUCGCGCUAAGGAACAGCUAGAGAUGGCUUGCUGCGUGAGGCUCGAGCGCCUCCGCCACUCCCCGCGCGCGAGCCAGCCGUGUCCCGUGACGUCACACCGCGAGCCGAGCCCUGCCAGCAGUGUGCAGGACGCGCCCGCUCACACACCCGGCCCCAGCGCCGACCGACAACCCUACACCUGCGAUACUUGCCAGGCACAGUUCACACACAAAUCUAGUUUAAUCACACAUAUACAGGAACACGUAAAACAGUCGGAUAAGUCUAACAAAAGCGGUUUCAAAAAGGACAUAUGUAAAAAUCGCCUCACUGAAAAUCCACAAAUUCACACGGAUACCAUCACAACAUACUGCUGCGAUAUGUGUAGUGAACAAUUUACCUCAAAAUCAAUUUUAAUCCAACAUAUUGAAGUCCAUAACGACCAGAAACGCUUAGAACUGAUAAAACAACGAAGUUUUAAUUCUGUGAAAAACAUGCACAAUGGAGUGGAAACAUACAGGUGCGAAGAAUGUAAGAGGCAAUUUGCACAUAAAUCAAGCUUAUAUAUUCAUAUAAAAACUCACAGUAAAGUGAAAGCAUUCCAAUGUAAAGAAUGUGGUAGGCGAUAUGCAGUCGAAAAAAGUUUAAAAUAUCAUGAAAAACUCCACGGUCCAACAAAACUGUACACAUGCAAAGUAUGUGACAAACAAUACACAAAUAUAGGUUCUUUUAGAAGCCAUGAAAAAAUCCACAGUACACCGAAACCAUACAUAUGUAAGGAAUGUAACAAACGAUUUCAAUAUAAAAUUCUUUUAGUCCAACAUGAGUCAAUUCAUAGUGGAGUGAAACAAUACCAGUGUAAAGAAUGUAAAAAGCGAUUCGGGUUCAAAACUAGUUUAAAUCGACAUGAAAGAAUUCACAAAGGAUUGAAACCAUACAUAUGCAAAAAAUGUAAGAAACAAUUUGCACAAAAAGUUGAUUUACAAACUCAUGAAAAAAUUCACAGUGGUCUGAAACCAUACAAAUGUAAAGAAUGCAACAAGAAUUUUUUACACAAACAUCACUUAGAUGUCCAUGAAAGAUAUCACAGUGGAUUAAAACCAUACGCAUGCAUAGAGUGUGACAAACGAUUUGUAUCAAUAGGUGAAAUAACUAGACAUGAACUAGUCCACAAUGGACUAAGGCCAUACAAAUGUAAAGAAUGUAACAAGCAAUAUAAACAGAAACAUGCGUUAGAUCACCACGUAAAAUCUCGCCAUGGAGAUAAACCAUACAAGUGUAAAGAAUGUAAUAAGCGAUUUGCAUCUAAGAGUCAUUUAAGAGGACAUAAAAAAACUCACAGUGGAUUAAAACUAAACAUUCUAACUAGGAAGAAACCAUACACAUGUGAAAUAUGUGAAACAAUUUUCUUACAUGAAACAAGUUUAAUAAAACAUAUUGAGAUACAUAAAGGCCCGGUCAGACGGGAUGAUCAAAUCGACCAAUUUGAGCAGGAAAAAAAUGGCGACAAUCUCAUCUAGCGUCCACACGUACACAAUUUAAUCACCAAUUUUAGAUUUAUGGUGUCUUGGCGUGACGUGGCGAAGGCGUUCGACAGGGUCUGACACUGGCCUGGUAUACAAGUUAUACCGACCACUCCGACCAGGCAUACCAGACCGUCUACUGCAUCUUUUAGACUUUCCGUUGGACCGCCACUUCAGUUACCGCAUAGAGAAAUCGCUCUGUAUCGUUGGCAGUUGGCAGUCGCUCUCACCGCCUUCAGCUGUGAGGACCGCUGCACCCCCGGUAGAGCUGGCGCGUUUGGGACGCGUAAGGGCACCCGGUAUGCUCACCCCUGCUGACGAGCGUAGACUGUUCUCGUGUUAUCUCAUGUCUCAAAGAAGAUUUCAUGUCCUUAUCAUGUGAAGAAUAUCGAAAGAAUACCUCACAAAUGACUACUCUGAAUUUGACGUCGAUAUAAAUAAAAAAUAAUGUAAAUAUCAUAUGUACAAUCGCCAUCAGAUAUAUCGGAGCGGCCAAGGUGCUCACAAAUAUCUGAACACGUCUC